AUGGCAAUUCAAGAUUCUGAAAGCAAUAAUUCACAUAACAACAACAACAAUGGAGGUAACACUGAUAAUUGUGAUCCGUUUUUCAUUGCUAAUUCAGAUAAUCCUACCUCUUCAUUAGUUGUUGCUGUGUUUACUGGUACGAAUUUUAUGAGAUGGAGUAGAAAUGUUAAACGUGCUUUAGUAGCUAAGAACAAAGAAGGAUUUGUCAAUGGUGAGAUAACAAAACCUGCUGUAAAUCAUAAAGACUACAUGAAAUGGAAACGUGCUGAUUUCAUGGUGGUUAGUUGGAUUUUAAGCUCUAUGAAUCAUGAAUUAGCAGAUGAUUUUGGUUAUAUUGACACUGCUGCUGAUUUGCGGAGAGAAUUGAAUGAGAGGUUUGGACAGUCCAAUGGUCCACUGAUUUAUCAAUUGAAGAAAGAAAUUGAAAGUUUAACUCAGCAAAACAUGACAAUUGUUACUUACUAUGGGAAACUGAAGAAACUGUGGGAUGAAAUGCAAAAUUUGAGAGCAUUUCCUAGCUGCACAUGUGGUGUUAUGAUGCAAUAUAGCUGUCAGUUUCUGAAGAAGAUUGCUGAGUUUGAAGAAGAAGAUAAAAUGAUGAAGUUUCUUCUUGGACUGAAUGGUGGAUUUGAUAGCACUGUAACUAAUGUUCUUUCCAUGGAUCCCUUACCUAGCAAUAAUAGAGUAUUCUCAAUUACUCAGCAAAUAGAAAAACAGAAAGAAUUGAGUGUAGCAGCUGUGGAAUCCAAUGCUAUGACCAGUAGUGCUAUGGCUACUCAAGCUUAUAGAGGAGGACAAAAUCAAUCUCAGGAGUAUGCUGCUGGAACAGGAAAGAAAGACUGGAAAGAAAUCAAGAAGGAGAAAAUGAAUAGGUUUUGUAAUCAUUGCAAAGGCAAAGGUCACACUGCUGAUCAGUGUUUCAAGCUUAUUGGCUAUCCUGAUUGGUAUAAUUCCAUCAAGGCUUCUAAAGGAACUGGCUUCACUGGAAAUAGGCUUGCAGCAAAUGUUGGCUACACUGCUGAUGAUGCUGAUGAACCUUUGGGAAAUACUGACAAUGAUAAGGUGAACAAUGAAAUGCUGAAUGCUAUCUGUCAAGAAGUUAUGAAAGUGAUGAAAGGCAAACAAUCUCAAGUGACUGAAACCAGUGGUUCUCAUUCCUCUUUUGCAAGUUAUGCAGGUAUAAUCUCUCAUUCUUUCAACUGUGCUGUAACUAAACUGCAUGAUGCUUGCUUAUGGAUAGUUGACCCAGGAGCUUGUGAUCAUAUGACCUAUGAUGAAACCAUCUUGACCAAUAUCAGAACUCUGUCCAACCCUAUUAAAGUUGGUCUACCAGAUGGUUCUCAACUGACAAUAGAUACCAUUGGUGAUACUUCUUUGACCAACAAAUUGGUGUUACACAAUGUUCUGUUGGUCAAGGGUUUCAAACAUAAUUUGUUAUCUGUUGGUAGACUGAUUGAACAUACUGGUUUACAAGUCUUAUUCAAUGGCACUGGAUAUGUUUUCCAGGACCCUACUAAUUCUGAAUUGCUUGGUGCUGGAAAAAGAACAAAUGGUUUGUAUUACUAUGUUCUGCCUUCUCUUGCUGGUUCCAUCAAAGUGCUGUCUGCUGAACAUUUGGCAAAAAAUCCUGUUUUUCAUGAUAAAACAAAGCAUUUGAAGAGAGAUAUGCAUUAUGUAAGGGAGCAAGUGGAGGCUGGUUUCAUUCAGACUGCUCAUGUUUCCAGCAAUCAGCAACUUGCAGACAUUCUUACUAAACCAUUGGCUUCAUCUCAACAUCAAUCACUUUCUUCCAAGCUUGGACUUAUUUCCAAGGUCCAGCUUGAAGGGGGAGUAUAG